CUCAACAUCAUCUGGAUGGUGAUUCCGCUGUCCAAUGCCAACCAGCCAGAACAGGUGAUAAUUUACCAGGGUGGCCAGGUGUUCAGCCUCGCCAACCACCUCAAUGGUCGCGUUGGCUUCGUGGCCACCAUGCCAAGUACAAGUGCCUCCAUCUUCAUCAACAACACCCAGCUGUCCGACACUGGGACCUACCAGUGCCUGGUCAACAACCUGCCAGACAGAGGGGGGCGCAACAUCGGCGUCAUUGGGCUCACUGUGUUGGUGCCCCCCUCGGUGCCAGCAUGUCGAAUCCAGGGCACACUGGAUGUAGGCAGUGACAUCAUGCUGAUCUGCAGCUCAGAGGAAGGUAUUCCCACGCCGUCCUACUCCUGGGAGAAGCUGGACGCACUGCCCAAGCUGCCGCACAACGCCAUGCAAGACCAAAUGCAGGGCACUGUCACACUGAGAAACAUCAGCACCAGCACCUCAGGACUCUACCAGUGUACCUCCAGCAACGCUAUUGGCAAGAGCACCUGUCUGCUCAACCUGCAGGUUGUAGCACCCCAGCCUCAGAGUAUAGGUCUGAUAGCAGGGACCAUUGCUACAGGAGUCCUGGCUGUCAUCAUCUGUUGCCUCUUAGUGGUGGUUUCACUCUUCUACUGGAAGAACAAGAACAAAUAUGAUGAGGAGGAGAUCCCCAAUGAGAUCAGAGAAGACGACCUUCCUCCUAAGAGAUCAUCAUCAGUGAAGGCUUUCCAUGCAGACGCCUCAUCCUCAGAGAACGACACGCUGACGUCUACCAACACGUACAACAGCCGCUAUUGGCACAACCCCAAACCCAACUAUGACACCAACUCCUACACUCGCUACAAUGGAGACACACGCCAGACCUUCUCCACUGCUGCCCAUGCGGCAACAACGACAUCGUUUGCCAAUGGCAGCCACACACUCCCGCCACCCAAGACUCUGGUGGUCACGACAAACUCUGCCCCGUCCCCUCCCACCAUGGUGCGCAGCAAUGGCUCUGUUAGUCUAAAACCGGCGGUGACGUCCACACACGGGCAACACACGCACUCCUACGCCGUGAGCCAGGCCACGCUGGAGCGGAUGGGGGCAGUGCCUGUCAUGGUGCCUGCCCAGAGCAGAGCAGGCUCGCUGGUCUGA